AUGUGUCAGACAGCAAGGAUUAUAAAGAAGGCAACAAGAAAACAAAUAGCCAAUGCAACCAAAUUGCUUACCAAAGAAGCGACUAUAAAGAAGGAACUAGAAAUUGUCGAGGGUUCUGUAAUUGUCAAUAGAUAUUACAGGAUCAAUAAACAUUAUAAUGAAUUUUAUGAAACAAGUACGCAAUUAAUUAAACGUAAGUUAUUGACCAACUCUGAUGGAAAAGUAGAUGGGUUAAAAAAAGCUAGAAAGUAA